AUGGAUUUUGAAAAUAGUGUAAAUGGUCACCCAAAAGACAUUGAGCGUCAAACUCUACUUGGUGACUAUAAAGUAAAGAAACCAUUGAGAGAUACCAAUCUUUUCAAUGUCAUAGUUCUAGGUUUUGCAUUUUGUAUUCUUUUUAUUGCAUUCUCUCCGACUCAAAAUUUAGAAACAACGAUUAAUAAGAAUGCUGGUUUCAUUUCAUUGACAAUCAUUUAUGCAUGUUUGUCACUCUCUAAUUUCGUGUCACCAUUGAUUGUUUUAAAGGUCGGUGAGAAGUACUCACUGAUUAUCGGUACACUCACCUACAUUGCAUAUAUCGCUGCCAACAUCUACACCAACACCAUAUUGCUCUAUAUUGCAUCUGCAGUUCUCGGUUUCGGUGCUGCCAUUCUCUGGACUGCCGAAGGUGCUUUUGUCAUUCGUUGUUCCACCGAAAGUACUCUAGGUUUCCACACCGGUUUAUUCUUUGCAUUAUUCCAAGCAAACCAAAUCGUAGGAAAUCUCGGUACUGCCGAACUCAUUAAAGCCGGUUAUUCUGAUCGUACUCUUUUCAUUAUCUUGACGAUUACAUGUGCUGUUUCCAUUUUUAUUUUCUUGUUUUUAGGUAAUCCAGAUAAUUCAACAGAUGAUAAACCAAAGGAGAUAUUAUCAACCAAAGAAAGAUUGAUGUUGACUCUCAACUUGCUAAAGGAUAGACCAAUCCAAUUGUUGAUUAUUGCUUUGUUCUACAGUGGUAUCAGUCAGUCGUUCUUCUUUGGUGACUUCCCACCAUUAGUCGGAAAGAACAAUCUCGGUUAUGUUAUGACUGUAUUCGGUGUUUGUGAUGCACUCGGAUCAGUGAUCAUCGGUAAGGUCUCUGAUAUCAUCGGAAGAAGUCCAAUGAUUAUCUUUGCCACUCUCUGUUGUCUAGGUGGUACCAUCUUUACCUACAUCAUCGACAGAUACAUCUCUGACCACCAAUUGGUUCUCUAUUUCGUGUGUGCCGGUAUGAUGGGAUUUGCCGACGCCGGUUACAACACUCAACUCUACUCAUUGUUAGGUUCACUCUACCCAACCAAAGGUGAAUCAGCUGCUGCCGUAUUCAAGUUUAUUCAAGCUAUUGCAUCUGCUUUGGCAUUCUUCUACGGUCCAUACACCAAUCUUUUCCAAAAUGUAGUGAUCACCGGUUCAUUGGUGGUUCCAUCUUGUAUUUUAUUCGUGAUCGUCGAUAAAGUAUUCAACCAAAAGAAAACAGAUACCAUUCAAACAACACCAAAUACUUAUUAA